UUUGAUUUCAUAUAAUAUUUUGAUGUUCACUAAUUGUUCAUUAGAUUUAAAAGUGAAAGAGAAUAUGAAAAAAUCCACAGGUAAAAAGGUAACAAACCACAUACCUUAUGAUCUUGAAAUUUCAAUUCUUUCAAAUUUGCCUAUAAAAUCAUUAAAACGAUUUGGAUGUGUAUGCAAAUCAUGGGGUAUUCUUUUUGAAAAUUCUAAUUUUUUGAAUAUCUUCUCAAAUAACUUUAUAUCUAAUCAUCAGUCUUAUUAUGAUGAUACAUCUCUUCUGUUGCAACAGACAAUAACUAAUUUUAAUGGUAGUUGUUAUCACUCAUUAUAUUCUCUUUAUGAAGAUAGUUUUAUAAAGAGAGUGAAACUAGAAUGGCCAGACCCCUUCCUCGCGGAGAACCCAGAUAUUUAUAUUUUAGAUUCAGGUAGUGUUAAUGGCACUCUUUGUUUAUACCUAUUCAUAAAUGGAAUUUGCAGAAUUGAAAUUUGGAAUCCAAAUACCAAAGAAUUAAUAGUCAUCCCCCGUAGUUCUGUUGAAUUUGUACCACCCCCUUAUGACAUGUACUUUGCUCUUCUUCAUGGAUUUGGUUAUAACCAUAUUCAAAAUGACUAUAAAAUAAUUCGAUUUAUAAAUGUUGGCUUAUUACAUGGAGAUCUAUAUGGAGGAAAUUAUUGGGAGAUAUAUAGUUUAAGAAGUAAUUCUUGGAGAACACUACAUAUAAACAUGCCUAUGUGUGGUCAUGGUACUUUCGGAGAACGAUUAUACACAAUUGGAAUGUGUCAUUGGAUAAGUAGAGCUAAUACAAAUCAAGAUGAUUCUUAUUUGGUUUCAUUUAACUUGAAUGAUGAGAUAUUCGACACAACACUCAUACCCAUAUUCAUGGAUAAUGAACUUAAUCCUGAAUUUAGCAUACAUUUGGUGAUGUUAAUUGGAUCAAUUGCCACGAUCUCAUGGUAUGAUGAUACUACUACUUUUCAUAUAUCAGUACUAGGAGAACUUGGUGUGAAAGAAUCAUGGAUAAAACUCUUUAUUGUUGGACCAUUGUCUUGUGUUGAUCAUCCUAUUGGAGUAGACAAAGAGGGUAAUAUAUAUUUUCAAAAACAAAAUGGUGAUUUAAUUUUGUUGGAUUUAAGAACAAAUGUGAUUUCUGAUAUUGGUUUUAAUGGAUGGUAUACUAGUCAAAUAGUAAUCUUAAAGGAAAGCUUUCUUCCUAUUGGUGGAAUAAAUCUGUAG